CUCACAAAUCAAUUAAAGAACAAAAAGAAUCCCAGAGAGAAUAAAAAUUCUAUUUCAGAUCCAGAGUGAGAAAAAAUGUCAGGAAGAGGAAAAGGAGGAAAGGGUUUGGGAAAGGGAGGAGCAAAGAGGCACAGGAAAGUUCUGAGAGAUAACAUCCAAGGUAUUACCAAGCCAGCCAUCAGAAGAUUAGCAAGAAGAGGUGGUGUGAAACGUAUCAGUGGUUUGAUCUAUGAAGAAACUCGUGGUGUUCUUAAGAUCUUUCUUGAGAACGUGAUCCGUGAUGCUGUUACUUACACUGAACAUGCUAGGAGGAAGACUGUUACUGCUAUGGAUGUGGUUUAUGCUUUGAAGCGACAGGGAAGAACUCUUUACGGUUUUGGAGGUUAGGGUUUGGUUUGGUUUGCUUGAAAUUGGGGGUUUUUCUGUAAAUGUAUUAGUACUAGGGUAUCGGUAAUCUCUGGGUUUUAAUUAGUAUGUUAAGUAAUUGAAGCUGUUAUAAGUUUCCUUUUGGUUUGUAAUAGUUUCUAAAUGAAUGAAAAAUUUCAGUUUCUGGGUAAA